AUGUUGCUACAACUCGGGUAUCUCCUUGAUGGCCCUGAUGCCGCUGGUCAGAUCCUGUUCCCUUCCGAUAACCAGAUCACCAUCUUUGCCUCCCCCGAGUCCUCGUUCGAAUUUGGCAGCAUAUCUGCGGUAACCUCUGAGACUGAGCCUGUCGUGUGGGGCAAGACCGAAACUGUUGCACCCGAGAACAUCUGGGCCAACGAUAGAGCGGUCGGUAUGACAAGGUUCGACGACGGUUGGGGUACUGCCCCAGGCUUCAAGUUUAGAGGCAAUACUGAGGAACCUGAGGAAGAGUCAGUGGGAAAUGCAAAGGUCGCAUGGACAGCCGGACAGAACAAGCUGGUUGAUGAUGUUGCCGAUGGUUGGAAUAGGAUGAUGAUGAUGAUGAUGAUGAUGAUGAUGAUAACGACGUACAAGUCAUGUUAUUUUGUUGGUGAAGAAACGAACGACAAGACCGAAGGAAGUGUUACCAUAAUAAAACAUACAAGUACUCGUCUACUCAAAGAAACCCAUCCGUCUCGAACGCUGCUAGCUACAAACGUUUUACGAUGCAUCAAAUAA